AUGCACCGAGUUUAUCGCGACUCCGCGAGUUCGUGGGCUUCAGAACGCUCUGUUGAUGAAGGCGAACCAUAUCGGGAGCCGCGGGGCGAGGGCGACAGCAGCAGCAGCACCUACAGCAAGAGGCGGGCGGUUAUCGCUACCAUGGCACCUGCCCAUCCAGUAUCUGCCCCAACGAAGCAACUGAAUGGAAAGGAAGAGGAACAAGAUUCAACGACACCGGAUCACUCGGUGGCGGGCGUGAGCUUUGACGUCUUGGGUUGUCUCGGCAAUGCGAAACCGAGGGUUGAUGCGUGCGCGGUCAUGGAGACGGAUCCUGUUGUUGCCAAACGGUCGGUCGGUGAUCGACCCAGGCGUGCCGACGGCUUGGCGUUGCCGCUCCAAAUCGAAUCGCCGACCGGCUUGGUUCGUCCGAUCACGUCGACCCUGGGCUUCACUAGCUUCCAACUCUCUCUAGGCCGAUUUGGACUCUCGCUACAAACUUUGCAUGUGAAAGUUCAAGACAGGGAGCUUAUAAAUUUCGAGACUCCAUUGGCGGUAUCCAAAGAAAAAGGAUCCAUUAUCCCGAGAAUCGUCAAAGAGGACGCGGUUCACGGUUGUCAGGCGCGGUCCUAGGCGCUCGAGAUCGCUAGGGC